CAUGGCGGAGCUGGCGGCGGCGGAGGAGCUCGCCAAGCUCGAGUACCUGUCGCUGGUGUCCAAGGUGUGCACCGAGCUCGACAACCACCUGGGCAUCAACGACAAGGACCUGGCCGAAUUUGUGAUAAGUCUUGCCGAGAAGAAUACCACGUUUGACUCGUUUAAAGCAAUUCUCCUGAAGAAUGGCGCUGAGUUCACUGAUUCCCUCAUCAGUAACCUGCUACGUCUCAUCCAGACAAUGCGGCCUCCUCCAAAACCAUCCACGAGCAAAGAGGCAGUUGUCAAACCCAAAUCAGAGAAAGAAAAGUUGAGGGAAUUGUAUCCAGCCCUUUGCAGGCCAGACAAUCCCAACAUCAGGAACAUGCUGGAUGAAGAUGAUGUGAAAGUGGCAGCUGAUGCCCUGAAGGAGCUGGAAGCUCUGAUGCCCAGUGCAGACAAGCAGAGCAAGCAGAGGAGCAGAGACCAUCGGGUGAAGAAAAGGAAGAGGAGCCGGAGCCGUAGCAGGGACAGGAAGCGGAGGCACCGAUCGCGCUCCAGGUCCCGUUCCAGGACCUGGGACAGGAACAGAGGAAAAUCCAGAUACAGAUCAAGGAGCAGGAGUUGGAGCCCCAGUAAGGAGCGCAGGGAUCGGGACAAAUACCUUGAGAAGAGCCAUGAGAGGUGGAGGGACAAGCACAUAGACCGACCACCAGCUGAGGAGCCUUCCAUUGGGGACAUCUACAAUGGCAAAGUCACCAGCAUCAUGCAGUUUGGGUGCUUUGUGCAGCUGGAAGGACUGAGGAAACGUUGGGAAGGCUUGGUGCACAUCUCAGAGCUGCGAAGAGAAGGACGGGUUGCCAACGUUGCUGAUGUUGUGAGCAAAGGACAAAGAGUGAAAGUCAAAGUGUUGUCUUUUACUGGAUCCAAAACCAGCCUGAGCAUGAAGGAUGUUGAUCAAGACACUGGGGAGGACCUGAACCCAAACCGUAGGAGGAACCUGGUUGGAGAAACCAAUGAGGAGAGCUCCAUGAGGAACCCAGACAGACCCAGCCACCUGUCCCUGGUGAGCGCCCCCGAGGUGGAGGACGACAGCCUGGAGAGGAAACGCCUCACCCGCAUCUCUGACCCCGAGAAAUGGGAGAUAAAACAGAUGAUUGCAGCUAAUGUGCUUUCCAAGGAAGAGUUCCCUGACUUUGAUGAGGAGACUGGGAUUCUUCCUAAAGUGGAUGAUGAAGAAGAUGAGGAUCUUGAGAUUGAGCUAGUUGAAGAGGAGCCACCAUUUCUUCGAGGUCACACUAAACAGAGCAUGGAUAUGAGUCCCAUUAAAAUAGUAAAGAACCCAGAUGGUUCCCUGUCCCAGGCUGCCAUGAUGCAAAGUGCUUUAGCUAAAGAGAGGCGAGAGCUGAAACAAGCCCAGAGGGAAGCAGAGAUGGAUUCCAUCCCCAUGGGCCUCAACACACACUGGGUGGAUCCUCUCCCUGAUGUGGAUGGAAGACAAAUAGCUGCAAACAUGAGAGGUAUUGGGAUGAUGCCAAAUGAUAUCCCAGAGUGGAAGAAACAUGCAUUUGGUGGCAACAAAGCUUCUUAUGGUAAGAAGACCCAGCUUUCCAUCAUUGAACAGAGAGAGAGUCUCCCAAUCUUCAGACUCAAGGAGCAGCUGAUACAAGCUGUGCAUGACAACCAGAUUCUGAUUGUUAUUGGAGAGACAGGAUCUGGGAAAACAACCCAGAUUACCCAGUACCUGGCUGAGGCAGGAUAUACCUCAAGAGGGAAGAUUGGAUGUACUCAGCCUCGCAGAGUGGCUGCAAUGUCUGUUGCAAAGAGGGUGUCAGAGGAAUUUGGUUGCUGCUUGGGACAAGAGGUUGGCUACACCAUUAGAUUUGAAGACUGCACCAGCCCUGAGACUGUCAUCAAAUACAUGACAGAUGGGAUGUUACUGAGGGAGUGCCUGAUAGACCCAGAUCUCACCCAGUAUGCCAUCAUCAUGCUGGAUGAGGCCCAUGAGAGGACCAUCCACACUGAUGUGCUCUUUGGGCUCCUGAAGAAGACAGUGCAGAAACGGCAGGACAUGAAGCUGAUAGUGACAUCAGCAACUCUGGAUGCUGUGAAAUUCUCUCAGUAUUUCUAUGAAGCACCAAUCUUCACAAUUCCUGGCAGAACAUACCCAGUAGAAAUUCUUUACACAAAAGAGCCAGAGACAGAUUAUUUGGAUGCCAGCCUGAUUACAGUGAUGCAGAUCCAUUUAACAGAGCCACCAGGUGACAUUUUGGUCUUUCUGACUGGCCAGGAAGAGAUUGACACUGCCUGUGAAAUCCUCUAUGAGAGGAUGAAAUCUCUAGGACCUGAUGUUCCAGAGUUAAUUAUCCUGCCAGUGUACUCAGCUUUGCCCAGUGAAAUGCAGACCAGGAUCUUUGACCCAGCCCCACCAGGGAGCAGAAAGGUUGUCAUUGCCACCAACAUUGCAGAGACAUCUCUGACUAUUGAUGGAAUAUAUUAUGUGGUUGAUCCUGGCUUUGUGAAGCAGAAAGUUUAUAACUCCAAGACUGGAAUUGACCAGCUGGUGGUGACACCAAUUUCCCAGGCUCAAGCCAAGCAGCGUGCAGGCAGGGCUGGCAGAACAGGCCCAGGGAAAUGCUACAGGCUGUACACAGAACGUGCAUACAGGGAUGAGAUGCUGACCACCAACGUGCCUGAAAUCCAGAGAACAAAUUUGGCCAGCACAGUGCUCUCCCUGAAGGCUAUGGGCAUCAAUGAUUUGCUGUCCUUCGACUUCAUGGAUGCUCCCCCAAUGGAAACUCUGAUCACAGCCAUGGAGCAGCUCUACACCCUGGGAGCUCUGGAUGAUGAGGGGCUGCUCACUCGGCUUGGACGUAGGAUGGCAGAAUUCCCCCUGGAGCCUAUGCUGUGUAAGAUGUUGAUCAUGUCAGUGCACCUGGGGUGCAGUGAGGAGAUGCUGACAAUUGUGUCCAUGCUGUCUGUGCAGAAUGUGUUCUACAGGCCAAAGGAUAAACAAGCACUUGCUGAUCAAAAGAAAGCCAAGUUCCAUCAAACAGAAGGUGACCACCUCACUCUGCUGGCUGUGUACAAUUCCUGGAAGAACAAUAAGUUUUCAAAUCCUUGGUGCUAUGAAAAUUUCAUCCAGGCUCGUUCCUUGCGCCGGGCUCAGGACAUUCGCAAGCAGAUGUUGGGCAUCAUGGACAGGCAUAAGCUGGAUGUGGUGUCCUGUGGGAAGGCCACAGUUCGGGUCCAGAAGGCCAUUUGCAGUGGCUUCUUCAGGAAUGCAGCCAAGAAGGAUCCCCAGGAAGGGUACAGGACACUCAUUGACCAGCAGGUUGUCUACAUCCACCCAUCCAGUGCUCUCUUCAACAGGCAGCCUGAAUGGGUGGUGUAUCACGAGCUGGUGCUGACCACCAAGGAGUACAUGAGGGAGGUGACAACCAUCGAUCCUCGCUGGCUGGUGGAGUUUGCCCCAGCUUUCUUCAAGGUCUCUGACCCAACCAAGCUGAGCAAGCAGAAGAAGCAGCAGAGGCUGGAGCCCCUCUACAACCGCUACGAGGAGCCCAACGCCUGGAGGAUCUCCCGCGCCUUCCGCCGGCGCUGAGCUCAGCUCCCUGCUGGAUCUGCUGCUCUCCUCCUGUGGGAUGGGGGCUUCUGCACUGCUGCCACUGUCCUGGGGGACAGACACCCCCGUGCAGCUCAGCUUGGGCAGAGCAGGAGCUCAGGGGGCAGCCCAGAUGUGCUGCAGCUGCACAGCCUCUCACGAGUGGGUCUUGGAGCACUUUAGUGAUUCCCCUUUUGAGAGACAAAAUCUAAGACCCAGGAGUCUGGGCAUUGAGCUAAACAACACAAAAAAAUGGUGAACUGGUUGUUCAUCUUUCAAGAGGCAAAAUCUAAGACUCAGGAGUCUGGGUGAACUGAGCUGAAAUUUUCAGCUUCCCCUUUAGAUAUUCCCCUUUUGAGAGAGAAAAUCUAAGACCCAGGAGUCUGGGUACUGAGCUGAACGACACAAAAAAUGGAGAUUUAAAGCUGAUUGUUCACCUUUCAAGAGGCAAAAUCUAAGACUCAGGAGUCUGGGUACUGAGCUAAACA